AGCGAGGGCUAGCGAGCGGACGUGUCCCCAGCGGAGCCGGCCGGAGGCGUCGAUGCCGAUCGCGGGAGUUUGUUUUUGUUUUUUCAGUUAGUUUUGGCAGCGGAGACACUCGACUUCGCUUCGGCUAAGAGACGCAGUUUGGAGCGAAAGGAGCUCUCUUCUCUCCGGCGCUGAUGUAAAGCAGUACGAGGUCAAAGGCUGAAGACUGCUAUUCUCCCACCUACAUCUGAAGCCAAGAACCAUUAAACAGGUACAUAUGGGGCAGGGGGAGGUUUCAGCGAGAGGCUCAGCCAUGGAGGGGGACUGCCUCAGCUGCAUGAAGUACCUCAUGUUCAUCUUCAACUUCUUCAUCUUUCUGGGCGGCUCCUUCCUGCUGGGUGUCGGUGUUUGGGUGCUGGUGGACCCGAUGGGCUUCAGGGAGAUCGUGGCGGCCAACCCCCUGCUGUUCACGGGGGUCUACGUCAUCCUGGCCAUGGGCAGCAUGCUGUUCCUGCUGGGCUUCCUGGGCUGCUGUGGAGCCAUCAGGGAGAACAAAUGUCUCCUGCUCUUUUUUUUCAUGCUCAUCCUCUUCAUCUUCCUGGCCGAGCUGGCAGCUGCCAUCCUGGCUUUCCUCUUCAGGGAGCAUUUAACCAGAGAGUAUUUCACCAGGGAGCUGAAGCGUCACUACCACGGCCACAACAACACCGCCGUCUUUACCUCCACGUGGAACGCCAUCAUGAGCACGUUCGAUUGCUGUGGGGUGAGUGGUCCCGAGGACUUUGAGGAGAGCCUCUUCAGGCUCCUCAACCCCAACAAGGUGGUCCCUGUGGCCUGUUGCCAGAGGAACGGUUACCCGGGAGACGUCAGUGCGGAGCAGUGUGUGAGCGGCAGCGUGACCUUCAGACACAACAAGGGCUGUUACUCGGCGAUGGUGGACUACUUUGAGACCUACAUCUACACAGCAGGAGCUCUGGCCAUCGUGGUGCUGACGAUCGAACUCUUCGCCAUGGUGUUUGCCAUGUGUUUAUUCAGAGGCAUCCAGUAACCGCCGCGUGCAGGGCCAUCGUCGCCAUCAGCCGUCAAGAAGGCUCAAGCAGAAGGAAAACAAAACUGUAAAAUAUGAAAUGUAUUUGUACAGUGAUAGUUUAUGUGUCUCAUUGGUUUCGUGGGAUCAUUUUGUACUUCACAGCAGCAGCAGGCCGUUUGAGCUACUGCUUCGGGCACAACAGACACGCACAGGAAGCAGUCCGGGACCUGAGGCCGAGGUUCGGCACUGUCCGCAGUGUUUACUCUAAAGUAGAGGGGCAACACCGGCGAUCUGAGGCUCGACACGCUAAACACUGAGGGGCAAACAGAUUUACGGAUGGUCCUCUCAACACAGACGUCACUUCAGUCCAGGACUAAUCCGUGUCCAGGAAACUUGCCACACAGUUUAUAACCUGAUUUACAGUAUAUCCUCGAUUUCACCGUGACAGUUGAUUUACCAGGGUCGUGGAAAGUCUGCACAGCUCUGCACAAAACAGUCCAGGGACCGUGGACAGCCAGCACGCAUGAUAUCGCGGUGAGCCCCAGAACGGUCAAAGCUGUUAUUUGAAUAAUUCAUGUAAAAAAUAAAAAAUGUUUUGAUCUUUUUACGGCUGGAUUCUGGGAAAUGUGACGGUGAUCGUUUAGUUUGAGCUGGUCAACAAUGGACAUCAGAAGACAGUAAACUGGGCCUUAUGCAAGAACACUUCUGUCCUCUAAUUAUUAUCAUUAUGUUUUUCGGUUUUCCGUCUGUUCGUCCCAUUUUCGUGAACCCGAUGUCUCAGGAAACGCCUGGAGGGAAUUUCUUCAAAUCUGGUACAAAUGUUCACUUGGACUCAAGGAUGAACUGAUUGGAUUUUGCUGGU